AUGUCGAUGGCAACUUUCAGUGGAAAACGGUACUUCGUGACAUUCAUUGAUGACAAGUCAAGAUACUGUGUCGUCUAUCUGCUCAAGAGCAAAUCUGAAGUUGCGGCGAAGUUCAUGGAAUACGCUGCGAUGGCCGAAACGCAAACCGGAAAGCGCGUGAAGUACCUUCAAAGCGACAAUGGGGGUGAAUACAAGUCCGACAAGCUGGCACGAUUCUGCGCGGAACGGGGAAUACAACAAAGGUUCACACCCCCAUAUACUCCUCAGCUAAACGGAGUAGCUGAGAGAAUGAAUCGCACGCUGGUCGAGUGUGCGCGUUGCAUGAUGGAACACGCUGGACUGGGAAAGAGCUACUGGGGUGAAGCAGUGAUGACGGCGAUGUUUCUUCGAAACCGCUGUCCAACACGUGCCAUUCACCAAGACAAGUCUCCAUAUCAAGUGUGGACGAUGAAGAAACCGAUUCUGGCCAACCUUAAAGUGUUUGGAUGCCACGCGUAUGUUCAAGUGCCUCAAGACAAACGCGCGAAGUUCGACUCCAAGUCAUCACUCUGUCGUUUCCUGGGAUACGCCGAACACCAGAAGUCAUAUCGAUUUGAGGAAGUGUCAACAGGAGCGAUCAAGAUCAGUCGCGAUGCCACAUUCAUGGAAGACAAGUUUGAUGAAGGUCCGCGCAACUACAACGAUGAGUCAAGUGUCGUUGAGUUUGAUGAUCAUGAUGAGGACGAAGAAAAAGAAGAAGGUAAAACUGACGACGACAUGGACUCGAGCGACGAUGACAACGAAGACACCAGGUCUUCGAAGAGCAACAUCAAGAGACACACGCGCACUCAAUCACUUGAGAAAGCUACCGUCAUUCCAAGUCCCAAGCGAAGAACAUACAGAGGUCCGUCGCUUGAGCAUGUGUCAGCGGCUGCAAUGGAUUUUGAAGCAGCCUACAUCGUUGAUUCAGUGGGGGAAACGCCGACUACAUUCAAGUCGGCGAUGGAAUCAAGCGACUCCGGCAAGUGGAAAGAAGCGUGUGACUCGGAGUUCGAUUCGCUUCAGAGAAACGACACGUGGAAAUCGUGCCUCUUCCGAAAGGUCGCAAGGCCAUCGGGUGCCGAUGGUUUUUCGUGUAAAGGAGAAUCAAGAUGGCGAAGUUGA